UGGUUAUCAUCAGAAACCCCACUGCUUUGUGAGAUUGCUAUGGGAACAUGUCCUGGCGCGGCCAAUUUCCGUACAAACGACGCUGGACGGAUAAUUGUCCAAUGUCUCUCCCUCUGUUCUUCAGUCACUUCCUCUUCCUUCCCUCUAAUCCCACGUCGAAUCAUCGGUGGUUCCGAGUUGGACGAAAUCGACGUUUAUUGCUCCUUCGGACUUCAGGAGGCAGCAGAGGUGCGCAGUAUUGAAGAUGAGAAUGCGGAAUUGUUUAUCCAACAGUCCCUAACCGAUGACUUUGAUGAGACUGAUGGUCGAUUGCCAGUUCUCCAACGUCUUGCUCUAAUGCGACAACGCGUUUCUGUCGAUUUGGAUGCAUGA